AUGGCUAUUUUAUUCAGGAGUAUCAAUACAAGACCCACAUUUCUCCUUCUCUUCAGAUCAAUUUCUGCUUCCGUUCGUUUCAUUCCAAACCCAAAUUCACAAUCUUUCUCCACAGCUCCAAAAUCCCAUCAGAAGAAUUUAAUUCCUGUCUCAAAUCUCUUCCAAAGGUAUGGCUUCCCACCCUCUGAAAUUCCCCAUUUCCUAAAAAAGAAUCAAUAUUUGCUGAAUUCCAAUACCUCAGAAAUCGAAAAAUCCCUCAAGAUUUUAUCAUCUCUAAACUCUUCUCAAGAUUUCGUUGCUAGUGUAUUAUGUAGCUGUCCCAGUGUUCUGGAACUUAAUUUCUGGGAAAAAUGGCAACUGGAUAGUUCAGAAUUGGGGAUUUCAAAUGUUAGUUUAAUGGCAAUUAGGAAUAUUCUUGAAGUUUCCAGGAAAUUUGAUUUAAAACCUGAUGAUGUUUCUAGGUGUAUAAAGUGUUUGAAAAGGUUGGGGUUUACAGAGAACACUGUCAUCAGGGUUUUGGAAGCCGUUCCUAUGGUACUUAUGUCGAGUGAGGAUAAGAUUUGCGGUAAAACUGAGUUCUUGAUUAGGCUUGGAAUUCAGAAGAACGAAAUUGAUCAGGUAGUUUGUUCGUUUCCUGGAGUUUUGGCAUUUGGAGUGGAAAAUAGGCUGAAACUAUUGAUUGAUGAAUUUGAAGGUUUAGGUUUUAGCUUAAGUGAGGUUAGGAGAGAAGUUAUUAGAGACCCAAGAAUUCUUGGGUUGGAAAAUGGGGAGUUUUCGCAGUGUUUGAAAUUGCUAAAGAGUUUGCGUUGUAGGUUACCUAUUAAGGAGAAUAUUUUUCGCCAUGGAGCAUUUAGGGCUGCCUAUGAAGUGAAAAUAAGGGUUGAUUGCUUACGAAAACAUGGAUUGAUAUAUCGAGAGGCUUUUACAGUGUUGUGGAAGGAGCCUAGAGUGAUUUUGUACGAGAUAGAGGAGAUUGAGAAGAAAAUUGAGUUUUUGGUGCAGGAGAUGGAGUUUGAUGUUCAGUGCCUAGUUGAAGUUCCUGAGUAUUUGGGGGUGCAUCUUGGUAAACAGAUUGUUCCUCGUUUCAACGUGAUUAAGCAUUUGAGGUCAAUUGGUGGACUUGGUGAUGAGGUCGGUUUGAGGGAUUUAAUUAAGCUUAGCAGAUUGAGAUUCUAUAAUCGGUAUGUUAAGCCAUAUCCAGGAUGUGAACAGACAUAUGGAAGGUUUGGAGGAGGCAGUGAGGUUCGAAACCGGCAUCCAGUUGGAAUGUGGAAGCUUUUUAAACCACAAAAUGGUCUGUUGGUUUCUGGAGCUAUACUGUUUUUGCUUGUUUAUUGCCCAUGUCAGGGCCUCCUCAGCCCUUCCUCACCAGGACAUGCUCCUGGGUGCCUAAAGGCAGUCGAGCAGAGAGGCUCGUACUCCGAAUCAGCUUACCUAAAGGGCUUUUUCUUUGUGAGAAUAUGCCCUCAGGAAAGCUGCCCCCAGAAUGAGAUGCUAUUCGAGUAG